AUGCGUCAUAUUGAAGACUCAACAACAAAUAUGGAUCCAUAUGAUUCGUUUGUCCCACCAAAUAUGGAUUGGCCGAUGAAUAAUUCCCAUAUCGGCCCUGGGUUCGAUUCGUACAGGCACAACAUCUACGGCUGUGUACCUGAAGCAUCUCCCUUACCUGUAGCUUCAAUGUAUUAUAAUUCGCACAUACCUCCUGCUUAUAACCAUGAAUAUCGAUGCAUGCAUCACGCAAGAGCCGAUCAAACGCGAAGACCGAGGUUAAGGAGGCGAAACGAAAAUAAAGCGGAAGAAGUUUCUAGUGCUCCUAUGGAAAACGUUGAUAGUGUGUUAAGUCAGACCAAUUAUCUUCACCAAAAAAAUGUUUCAGACAGCCAGGAUUUUGCAAGUUUACCCCCAAUAGUUACAUCUGUAGGUGAUACCAAUUCCACCAGUGAUUUAAAUGCUGCUGAAAAGGGGAAUACUGGUAAUGCGAGGAGGUACAGUGAUCCUUGUGUAAGAGGUUUACCAGAUGUUGCACAGCCGGCAAAUGGUGAUCUAGAUUCUGCAUCAGAACAGAGCUCUAAUUCAUCAGAUAAUGAGGUUGGUAGCCGUUUGCUGGCUUGUCUUCUUGACCAAAUUACAUCUUUGAAAAUGGCUAAUGAAAAACUAAAUAAAGAAUUACAGGAAACAAGAGCUGAAUUAGAUGUUCUUCGACAUCAAAGUGCAUUCUUACAUAACGCCUCUACCCCGGGCCUGGGUGCCGCAACGAACCCUCUCAACAAUAACGGUCUUCUCGGUGGGCAGUACUCUCCCGGCUUUCUCACAGAUCUGGUGCGGGAGAUUCGCGACGCUACCCGCUUGAGGGAGGAAGCGCUCUACACCAGAGUUCGAGCAAUGGUGCUCGAGAGGAUCGAUAAUAGUCUGGCGUCGAACGAGGCUAAAAUAGCGGAGAGAACACUUGAAGAUAUAAAGAGCUCUUUGCGCGCUUCGGAAGCUGACAACCGCCGGAUGAUGGAUCGCAUCGUCAAACUGGAGGAGAACAUGCGCGCUCUUAGGGUCGCCAAUGAAUCAGACUCAACUGAAAACAGAAUUACGAAUGGUAAUGUUGAAGACGCAGAGGCUGAACGUUUACGCUUACGUAAAGAAGUAGACAAUAUGCGCAAAGCUAAGCAGUGCUCCGAGGAACAUGCUCUCAAACUGGAACGUCUAGUUACGCAGCUACGUUCCAAAUUCAGCGGUCUUCAGCUAUCGACGAACGGACCGGAUUCGCUUCCGAGCGAAUCCGACCACGAAACGAACGCACGCAUUCGUAGAACCAGUGGCAACUCGAGCAACAAUUCCACUGUUGUCUUUGGACCCGUAACUGAUUUGUAG